AUGGAGACUCAAAUACCUGCGGUUAUCUGUUAUCCUCCCGCCGCCGGGCCUGACUGGAGGGCGGAGAAGGUGACGCUGUCGAGAAAAGUGAAGGAGCGUGAACUCAAGAUCCGUAUGGUGGCCACCGGCAUCUGCCACACUGACAUCUUUGUGUCGAGCAUUCCGCAGGGUGUUUUCGGGGUCCAAUACCCCAAAGUCGUGGGUCAUGAGGGCGCGGGCAUCGUCGAGGAAGUCGGACCGGGGGUGACGGUGGCCAGCGUGGGCGAUCCCGUGCUACUCUCCUACAACUACUGUGGGCAUUGUGAUCUGUGCCGCCACGGCCAGGAGGUCUACUGUCUAGAAUUUGCCCCGCUGAACCUGAUCGGCCGGGACGAUGUGCUCAAGACCGCCGAUGGCCAGGCUGUGUUCGCACAAUUCUUCGGCCAGUCCAGCUUCGCCAUGUGCAAUAUCGUCUCCGAGGCUAGCGUCGUCAACGUGCGGGACUAUGUCCAGCCGGGUGACGACGCUCUCAAGCUGCUCGCCCCGCUCGGUUGCGGUCUGAUGACCGGGGCCGGCGCCGUCCUGAAUGCCGCUCGUGCCCGACCCCACGACAUCAUCCUCGUCACUGGCAUCGGCGCCGUUGGACUGGCCGCGAUCAUGACGGCAAAGAUAAUUGGGUGCAAAGAGAUCAUUGCCGUCGAUCGGGUACCAUCGCGACUCGAGAUUGCAAAGGAUCUCGGCGCCACCAAGGUCCUGGACACUAGGGCGCUCGACACCGCGGCCACGGCGACAUUGGCCCAGGAGCUCAUGAAGCUCGUCGAAAAUCAGCGCAUCUCAGUCGCCAUCGAGACCACAGGUGCCGCGCCGGUGAUCGAGGGCGCCAUCGGGGCCCUGGGCAAGCGUGGCCGUCUCUUACAGGUUGGCGUACCAGCUCCGGGAGUCAACAUCACAUUGCCCAUCAGCGACAUGGUCAUGUUCAACAAGGUUUUGGAAUGCCAUUUCCUGGGCGACAGCACCGCCCAGGUGCUGCUCCCCCGACUAUUGGCCUGGUGGCGAGAGGGUCGGUUUCCGCUUGAGAAAAUUGUCAAGCGAUUCCCGCCGGAAAAUGCCGUCCAGGCCAUGCAGGAAAUGAAGAGUGGAAGUACGAUCAAGCCGAUUCUAGUGUGGUAG